UUUUUUUAAUCCUGUAAAGGAAUUUUUUUUUUGGAAUUUUAAAAAUUUUUUUCAUACAUAUUCAAACAAGGAAUUAAAGAAAUUUUUGUUUUUUUCGAAUAUCCUUACUUUUUUAUUAAAUUACCAUACAAUUAUUUCUUAAUUUCUAAAUUAAAAAAAAUUACUUACCGUAAUUGUUAUUGUAAUCAUGCAGAACGUUAAAAAACUUAUAAAAAAAAAGUCCUUUUUGCCUUCAAGAGGUAUGUCGGACAUAUCUAUCAAUGAGUCAAGAGAUGAUUUUAUCUUAACGAGUUCCAUCAGUGCAUCCUCGAAAGCCGAAAUUCAUAAAUAUGAUGAUAUUCAAGAUCUUAUAGUCACCGCUGUAACUGCGCAAGGACUUUUGUCUCAAUAUGAGCCUAUCACUUUUAUGGAAGAUUUCAUAAGCGUUGCAUCUUUUAUCGUGAAAAACAAAACAUAUGAAUAUUUUGCGGUUUAUGAUGGUCAUGGAGGUAGAGAUUCUAAAACCGGAAUAAAAAAAGGAGGACAUGAAGUUGCGGAGGAGUGUGUUAAAUAUAUACCGGAAAUAAUUAAAAAUGCCUUAAAAAAUAAUGAUGAUGACAUUAAAGAUUUAUUGAUUAAAAGCUUCGAAAAGGCUGAUAAAGAGCAUUUUUUAAAAGAUAAAAAAAGAUUUCCGGAAAAUGUUGGUUCCACAGCAAUUAUCAUGUUAAGGGAAAAUAAGAACAUUUAUAUUGCUAAUCUUGGUGACUCUCGUGCUGUAAUUUGUAAAGAUGGAAAAGUAUUUUUUGAAACAGAUGAUUUUGAUUGGACUAGCCCUGCAGAACUAGAACGAAUAGGAAUAAAUAAAAAUAAUAAAACUUAUGCUAUAAAAACUAAUUUUGGAAUUAAGAAAUUUAUAUUGAAUGGAAGAUUUUUAAAUGGUGAAAAGUGGAAUAUAGCAGCUUCACGUAGUUUUGGGGAUUAUCAUUUUAAAUUAGGUUCAAAUAAACCUCCUGUUACAGCCAAGCCCGAAGUGAGUAGUCUCGUAAUUGAUGAGGAUAUGAAAUUGAUUCUUAUUGCUUCAGAUGGAAUUUGGGAAAAUGAGAAAGGAUUGAAAUCUGAGCAUUAUGUUUCAAAAUUUAUACAAAUUGCCAAAAAACAAGAUUCACCAAAUGCAGAUGAAUGUUUAAAAGAAACUUGCAAAGAAUUUGUUAGAUGGUGUAUGAUUGCUCAAUUAAAAUUUGAAUAUAGAAAUUAUGGAGAUAACAUUGCUUUAAUUGCUAUUGGAAUACUUAAUGGAAAAAGUAAAGCAGAAUGGUUUAGAGAUAUUAAAAAUUGGAAAGGAAUAUAUGAAGAUAAUAAUUUAAUUUCAAAAGAUAUAGAUGAUGCAAUUCAAGAAGAAGAUAGUGAAGAAAUUGACUAUGGAUCAGAUAGCGAGAGUUGUAAAAUUGAUUUUACCCAACUAUAAAAAUUCUGUGAAUAAUAAUAAAGUGGAAUUAUAUAAAUAAUUUACUGUGAUAGAUUUUAUUUUUUUUUUAUCCAUUUCUCUCUCUAUCACUCUUUUUAGUUAGAUUAUAUAUUAUAUAAAAUAUUUUAUAUUCAUUUUUUUUUUGUUGUUGUAUUCAAAAUAAAAUAUAUUGUUGUUUUUAAAUAUAAAUAAAAUAAAGUUAU